AUGGACCUGCUAUUCUAUGAGAAGCCCGUGCUCUACCUCCAAAUGACCGAAAUCACGGGGGUCCUGUCGACAAUCAUCAACGUCGGCACCUUAUUCUUGAUUUAUUUCGCAGCGCCGCAGAAAAUGGGGAAAUACCGCUACUUUUUGCUGGCUUAUCAGUCGGUCGCCUCCGGGAUGGAGCUUUUCCUAAAAGUUUCUAUGAUCGAAAUGUCCCAACCCGCUCCGGUAGCGCGCUUCCACGGAGUACUGCAGCUGGAUGCCAAGACCUGGAACAUCGGCGCCGCUUGCUUUUGCACGGCACUCUCGACCACGACGGGGCUUUGCCUCGUCUACCGGCACCGGCAAGUGCUACCCCUCGGACACUGGGCUAGCUACUUAUUUUUUACGGGUCUGAUCACUUACUCGAUCGGAUGUAUGGCCAUGGAACAAGGCCAAGGCCGGAUACUGCAUAAUUGGAUCAGGUGUUCCCUACUCUACGGUCACGCCUUCUUCCUGUUGCGACGGACAGCUGGCACAAUGAGCGAGAAAACGCGCCAGUUGCACCGUCGAUUACUGUUACUGCUGGCCGUUCAGAUGGGCAUCCCGAUGCUAACUCUUGUCGGGCCGAGUGGCGCAAUGGGCAUCGCCGCCAUGAAUCUAUGGGCCACCCGUCAAGUGGCCAACCAGCUCUUCGUGUUCUGCAUCGGGAGCCACGGCGUGGUCUCGAGUCUAUCCAUCGUGUUGCUGACGGAUUCGUAUAGGCAGUGCCUAUCCGGGCUGUUUAGAAUCGGAAUAUCGAGCACUGUUGGCGCCGCUGGCCCGGAGAGGAGGUCGAUCUUGAUGAACAAGAUCGUGGUCCUUCAACGGCUCAGCCAUCGCGCGUCCAUCAAUUUUGCGAAUAGAGGU